AUGUCCCUCGUCGACGCUGAUGCUGGCACGGAGCGUUUCAACGGCUACGAAGCCGACUUGAAGCUCGUGCAAGCUGAUCUGAACCAACAGAUAGAAGUUAUCAAGGAGUCCACCGGCGAGCCGAGAAAGGCGGCGAUCAGCAAGGCGGAGCGGGCGCUUGAAGAGGCAGAAGAGCUGAUCGGCCAGAUGCGCCUCGAGAAGUCGAACAUUCCCGCGAAUCUUAAAUCCAAAUUCAACGCCCGAUUCCGUAACUUUGAGCACGACUUGGACCAGGCCAAGCGAAAGGUCGAGUCCUAUUCCAGCGACCGCAGCAAGCUCUUUGGCGAUCGCUACACCGACAACCCCGACACGGAUGCCCAGCUCGAGCAGCGCCAGCAGUUGUUGUCGGGAACGGACAGGCUGCAGCGGUCGUCAGGAAGGCUUACUGCGGCACAGCGCAUGGCACUGGAGACCGAAGAGAUCGGCGCGGGCACGCUCAGCGAUCUGUCAAGGCAGAGAGAGCAGAUUGUCAACACAAGGGAACGGCUGUUGGAAAGCGAAGGCUACACAGACCGUAGUAUCAAGACUUUGAAGGGUAUGGCGAGGAGGAUGGCCACGAACCGAAUUAUUACCAUUGCAAUCAUCACUGUACUUGUUCUCCUUAUCAUUGCGGUUAUCUACAGCAAGUUCCGAUAA